CCAUAUCUCUUCCCUCCGCUCUCACGGAUCUAUCUCGGGCAAGUCAUCAGCCGUUUCGAUGGCCAUGGCGCGAUUGCUGCUGCUGGGAUGGCUGGUGCACGUGGGCCGAGCCACUGAGUACUUGAGCUGCCAAGCUUUGCGGGAAACGGCCUUGAGCCCUGCUUAUUGGAGGCCUGCGGUGAUCAUGGAUUCGCUGGACUUGAGCCUCGAGAACUUGCGCCCGGCACCGGUGGACGAAGAGGUGCAUUUGCACGGCCUUUGCGGAAAGAUUGAGUCGUCCUUCUUUGAAUGGCAGAAGCCUGGGAAUGAUGGAGGGGAAUGGCUGGCAACCACUGAGUCGGCAGAGAUCUCGAUUAACACAGGUCAUACGCAGUGCCUCUUGACGGGCUUGGCGGUGGGGACCACCGAGCCAACGAUGCGGCUCCAGUUCGAAGAGUGUGACGGGAAAGCUGCGGUAAUCGUGAUGCUCCGACCACAGAAGGGUGGAAUGAAGCUGGUCCAAUGGAUUUGUGCCGUCUCCGCGGGCACUGACCUUUGCUCCAAGGCUGCGGCAGCAGUAGGACACUCCAGCGUCUCAGUCACGUCGAUUCGGGAGACCUUGGACCUCACCGCGUUCAACGCCGCCCUGGCCGAAGGCCUGCUCCACACCAAUGCACGCUCCGCAUGCUUUGAGAACCUCCAUUGGUUCACGGCCCAGAACGGACUAGGCAUUGCUGAGGAGGAAUGGCCUUUGCUGAUGGAAAUCCGAAAACUCCUAGCACCUAAGAAGGUGCCCAGCAUGCCCGUGGAGGUUGAAGUCCAGGUUUCGGAGGUCUGCUUCCUGAACUGCACCCAGCAGUGGAACCUUCAGAAAUGCGGGGCCUUGCCGGCCGCUGCGCUGCAUGCGCCCGAAGUGGUGACGCCCAAGCCCUUGGAGGUGCCACAGAGUGCAGUGCUCUCUCGGGAGCGCUUGGAGAAGUUCGGGGAGGCGUUGAGUGAUUCGGAGACUGCGCCGUGGAUGUGGCUGCUGCUCGUCUUUGGCCUGAUGAUUGGCAUUUUCUUUGCCAUGCUGCUCUUCCCUGUGUUCGCCUACAAGGAGAUCCCGAAGAGGCCCUUGCGCUACAAGCAGGUGGAGCUGCUGGAUGCGAGUGGGACCACCGUGCCCAUGAGGAUGGCCAGAUGAUUACGGUACAGUGAGUUGAGGGGAGCUGAAUAGGCGAUUCUCGACUUUCGGUAUGAAGAAGCUUUGCAGAAUGCUUUGAUCCCUGAGAUGGAUGAGACAUGAGUCCGUUCAGAUUCCGCGCACCAGCUCAACCUCAGAACCUCUUGCCG